CGAACAACACACAACGGAGAAUCCGGAGUGCGCCUCCGGUAAAUGACGCCCACCAUUCAUACCUUUACUCUUGCCAUUACGCAUGUCUUUUGAAUUACAUGUCGGUGUCUGGAAGUACCAGUCCACUGUCCUCACCCUCCUAUUUUCUGCUUCUCUAGUCAUCAUCCUGCUGGCUUGCCCGUUCAUUACACCACCGGUCCUGGAUCACCCAGCUUCGGUCCUGGAGACGCCUGAGUCUGCAGCAGCGCACGAUCUGCUUUAUUUCCAGCCUUUAUCUGAAUGACGGGCGGAAGGUUUGACUUCGACGACGGUGGCACUUACUGCGGGGGGUGGGAGGAUGGCAAAGCCCACGGACACGGCAUCUGCACCGGACCCAAGGGCCAAGGCGAAUACGCCGGGUCCUGGUCGCACGGCUUUGAGAUAGUAGGGGUGUACACCUGGCCCAGCGGGAAUACCUACAAAGGCUACUGGUCCCAAGGGAAGCGUCACGGGCUCGGUGUGGAGAAUAAAGGAAAGUGGAUCUACCGAGGAGAGUGGAGUCAUGGUUUUAAGGGUCGAUACGGGGUCCGACAGAGCCACAACACACCUGCUAGAUACGAGGGUACCUGGAGCAACGGGCUGCAGGAUGGAUAUGGGGUCGAAACCUAUGGCGAUGGAGGUACCUAUCAAGGCCAGUGGAUGGGUGGGAUGCGCCAUGGCUAUGGCGUCCGUCAGAGUGUUCCCUACGGCAUGGCUACCGUCAUCCGCUCUCCACUUCGCACAUCUAUGGCCUCCCUGCGCUCCGAGCAGAGUAACGGCACAGUGCUCCACGACCUUUCCUCCCCUGCAGACACGCCGACAGGCAGUCGUGGCGGCUUCGUCCUUAAUUUCCACUCAGACAGCGAGGUCGUCACCGGAAAGAAGAAGGGCUUGUUCCGCCGUGGCUCGCUGUUCGGUAGCCUCCGCCAGUUGCGCAAGUCUGACUCUCGGACCUCCAUCUCCAGCAAACGCAGCUCUGCAAGAAGUGACGCCACCAUGAGCCGCAUCAGCUCCAGCGACGCCAACUCUACCAUAUCCAUUGGUGAUGGCGAGCUGGCAGAUGAGGACCUACCUCUGGAGGACCAUGUGGAUGCCACCACAACUGAGACCUACAUGGGCGAGUGGAAGAAUGACAAGCGGAAUGGAUUUGGAGUUUCAGAGAGAUCCAACGGGAUGAAAUAUGAAGGAGAAUGGCUUAACAACAAGCGUCACGGUUACGGGUGUACAGUUUUCCCAGAUGGCACCAAAGAAGAAGGGAAGUACAAAAAUAAUGUGCUGGUGCGUGGAAUACGAAAGCAGUUGAUUCCUCUUAAGAACCCCAAAACCAAAGAGAAGGUAGAUCGGGCUGUGGAGGGGGCACAGAGGGCUGCAGCCAUUGCAAGGAGUAAGGUGGAAAUAGCUGCUUCCAGAACAGCCCAUGCCAGGACAAAAAGCGAGGCUGCAGACCAGGCGGCCAUCUCUGCUAUACAUGACUCUGAAAUUGCCAGGGCGGUUGCCAGGGAGCUCUCCCCCAACUUCUACCAACCAGGACCGGAUUACAUAAGACAACAGCUAAAGGAACCUGUAGAGAUUAAAGAGAUUCCUGUUGAAAAGAAAGAGGAGUCCCCAAAGGAUUCUCCCCAUUUUUACCGCAAAGGCACCACUCCUCCCCACUCUCCCGUGGCCAGUCCUGCAGCUACGCCUCCCCCCUCACCUGAACCCAGCAAGAAGCCAGGUUUGAUUCCCAACAGCAUCACCCGCCAAACCAGCAAAGAUGAAAAACCGUCCCGCAAGAAGAGCAAAGAAGAGAAGUCAAGUUACAAGGCCAGCAAGGAUGAACGGUCGAGCAGAAAGCUGAGUAAAGAAGAAAGGUUUUCCGUCACUGAUGGUCCCAAAAGUUCUCAUGCGUAUAUAGAGGCUCCACCCAAAACCUCUAAAGUUCAGCAAGCUGCCCCAGCGUCUGCACCUCCACCACAGCCUCCUACAAUUCCAGUCAAUGGCCAGCUUCACAGUGAGUACCACAGUUACUACGUCAAGGCCCCUACGAGGGGUCCUCCACCUCCAGAACCUGAGGAUAUGGACGAAGAGCCUAGUGCCCUGGCCUUGGCACGUAUGCCCCCGCAACAUAAGUCUGUGAGCACUCCUACCCCCACCCCUAAGCCAGCCUCCAUACGGGAGAGCAAGAGCGACCCAAAACUCAGGAAGCAGGAUUCCCUAAAGCCAAAGAGCCUCGCAGACACUAAGAAAGCCAGCAUGGAGAUUGCAGACAGCACAGAGGAAACAGGUCCCAACUCAGUCCUUGUUGCUAUGGUAAUGCUGUUGAAUAUUGGCCUUGCAAUUAUAUUUGUCCAUUUUCUGACAUGAUGAUGAUGUUCCUUAGUGAAACCAUGGCAACUGGUACAGUUGCAUCACCGGCCUUGAAAAGUGAAAAUGGCGCCAGUGAGACACGGGGGUAGCCGGAGGUGUUUAGGAAUCAGCAUGACACCGAAGAGAAUCGGGAGGAAGGCAUCACAACUACCAACCUGUCAUUGGCCUUCUUUUAUGGUCAGCCCUGUGAAUUAGCACUCCUUUGGCUUCUCUAAAAGCUAAAGUGAAAUGUCGUGUCUAGUGACAUUUAAAAAAAAAUAAGAAAAAUGAAAAAAGGUUUAAAAAUGCAACUAAACAUACAGUCUGAAAAAUAAAAAAGAAGUUGUUGAAACCCACACAUGUGCUGAUCCAAGCACAGGUCUCUGUAGCCCACUUCCACUGCCUUGGCAGCGAUAGCAGUGGGCUGAAGGACCUUGCUGGAGGAGUGUGGAGAUGCACUUUUAGAUGACGGGAGCAAACAGCUGCCUUUCUAUUUUACCAUCUGACGUUUUGAUGAAGAGAUGUGAGCCCAGCCCUGGAGCGGCCAGGGAGGGAGGGGGCAUGUGAGGGCUUGGGGCUCGGGUGUUUGGAGGGGUUUUUUUGAGGGUUUCACGCCACUGUUGCAAGAGGAAACUAGGCAAGACCGUUGCCAGCAGUCAGUGCUAGCACGGUCACUAGCCAGUCUUACUCUGUUAACCCAAUCAGUGCAGCUUUCUCAAGCUCCGUCCAUUGUAACCCAGGAUACACUGCUUUGAAACACUCCCCGUGCAUGGUACAAUUUUAACAUUAUUGUUUUUGUUUGUUUGUUGUUCUAAUGUAGUUUUUUGUUCAUUAUCGUUCUCUGAAUGUUGGUUACCUGCAGUCAAAUGAUCAUAGAAAUCUCUUCACAGAAUGAGUAAAUAAACCUAUUUUCCCUUUUUAUUUGAAUUUUACUCAUAUCUAACAACUGCGCUGUAAUUUGACAUUACACAUCCAUGUUACUGAAAGUGCAAUAUGUUUUUUUUUUUUUUUUGAAAAGCUUAUAUUUUGCCAAAAAGGGUAUAUUCUAAAGAUCCCUUUCUCUGUUUUACUUUUUCAUACUUGCAUAAUUUUAUUAGCCUGUUUCGAGAGAAGGCUUUAAUUGGCAAGCGUUGCGAUGAGAAACUUGGUUCAUAUUUUAUUUUGAUUCAUAUUAAGUCAGGUAGCUCUGUGAGAGUGAAGUAAUAAAUGUCUUAUGUUAUUUUGGAAUCAGAAGGAAAAUUGUUUAAUUGUACAUGCCUAACACCCUUUGGCUUGAAUUUCUUCACUCCAUUCUUUGCUUUUACUGUUUCACCACACCACAAAGAUGCAAAACCACUGUCCACAGAGCUGCUUGAGAAGGCCCAGCAGUGCUUGCAUGCGUAUGAGACUGGAUCUUGUGGACAGUGGAAGUUUAUUCAGGUUGAGACCAUGGGGAAUGUCGCUCCAGGGAGAAGGAGAGAUGCCUUUAGAAGUCUUUAACAGUGCUACUGUUUACCUCAAAAAAGAUGAGGAAGUGGGAGGGGGGGUGGGGGGGUGCCAUCCUUGUCUUAACUCUGUUGUGUGAAGGAUAUUCUAUCUAUUGUCAUCACCUGAAUCAUGCUUUUUAAGUCACCUCAUCCUAGCUGCUUGUAGUUUUUGUUGCAGUUCUGGCAUGAGUUUCUUUAAAUUUUAGUGGUUAUUUAUAUGGUGGACAUUUACUGCCACCUUUACCAAGAUUCAUUAUUUAUUCAUUGUACAACUGAUGUGUUUGUGAACAUUGGUCAUCAUGAAAAGGGCUUAAUUAUGUUUUUUUUUUUUUUUUUUUUUUUUUUUUUUUUUUUUUGCUGCAUUUCUGUUUUUGAAGGUUAGCUUGAUUAAAAAAAAGGAGCAGCGCGUUACAUUUAGGCAAUUCUGCAGAGCCAGUUUGCAAACUGUCCACAAAACUACUGGAAAACUAAUUACUGAAAUUUACUCCAAAUAUUGUAUAAACAAUAUAAAAGGUGAAGACUGGCAUUUUAGAAGGUUUAACAGAACUGUUUAUGGGAUAUUUUUUUGAAAUGCAACAUUGCAUGUUGGAGACAUUUAUAUAUAGAUUAUUAUAUACUAUUUGUAAGGAUUUUUACAGAGCACAAUCCAGAAUCUGGUAUGAGUUGGUAUUUUUCUAACAAUUUGCACACCUGUAUUUUGACAAUGAAUAUAACUUGUUUGUAAUUGGUAAUGUAAUGCACAUAUGAUGAUGUUUGACAGUGGAAAAAAAUACUUUAUUUCUAAUUGGUCAUACUGUAUGUACCAUUUGGGGAUGUUAUAGGCAGAUGUACUUGUUUGAGGAUUUUAGGAAAUAACAAGGAACUGAGGGAUAGCGUUACCCCACUGAUUUGUGCGACGUCUUUGGAGAUGAGGUAUGUGUAUAACAAUAAAGAUAUUAUGCCUUGUUAAA